AAAGUAUAUAGCGCAGUUGUACUGCGGAUGUUUUCCGUAACGCACUGUGUUUCCCAUUCGUCUUAUCGCACGACGGAGAACGCCCGUUUGUGAGAGCAACGAGUACUCACGCGUGAUGGGUGAAGCUCGGUUGCUAGGUAGCAGCGAUGGAGACGCAUGGUUUCACACUGGUGGCAAUACGCAUCACAAACGACGCUCGAGCUCCGUCACACUUUUUGGGGGAACCCAGGAUCUUACACUACCACUACGACAAAGCACAGCUCAGCAUGCAUGGUGGUUGUUUGUGUGGGUGCACGAAAAACCGGAAGUAUGUUUCUCGGUCAGAGCAAACUCGCAGGAACUCGUCGUUCGCAGAACGAAACCAGUCAGUCAGUCGGUAAUAGUACGGGUAGUGAAGCAGUCGUCCAUCGUCGCGUUACGGUCGCGUUGGUCCGAAGGUGCAGAAGGGAUUCCUUCCCUUUUUGCCUGAGUGAGCUUGCGAAGGAUAAGGAUGAAAAAGAACUCUUCACCGAUCGGAACGACACGAAGGAUAAGAUGAAAAUUUAUCACCACUCGUCGGACACGGACAUCUGUCGCAAGUGUUGUGCACGUGUGUUUUCUGCCCGUAAAGUGUAAUGUGAUAAACGUUUGAAACGGCCCCCCGAUUGCGGUGACACCAUACAGUGAACACAGCGCCAGUAUCGAUUAUGCGAAUCGCGUGAGGGAAAGCACCAAGCGGUGACCUAAGCGGUAGUGUCUCAACAACAGAAAGAGACUGUGAUAGCUUGAUGGACGGGAUCGGGAGUCUGAUGACCUAAAAGCUUGCCAAAAAAAAGAGGAAAAGCUGCCAGCAGCGUGUACCCCGCGUGUCUACAUUUCCUGUCUCCGUGUCUUCCAGUAGCAACGGUGUGUCCGCGUGUGUGUGUGUGUACACCAGUUGAUGUGUUUACUUAUACGGGAUAGAGCGUAGCGGUGCGUGACAAAAUGGAGAAAGGGUAAUUGUGCGAUGUGAACCGACUGAUAGCGAGGUGUUUUUAAUUGAAUCCUCCCGGUGAAACUGAAGCUCGCUGGUGCCACUAUCCACUAUCCGCAUCUUAUCUAGUUCCCGUUCCCGUACGCUGAAUCUGUGUUCGCUAGUUUAACGCUUCGACUGUACCGGGAGCCACAGACGGCAUCCACAUCCUCAUCAUCAUCAUCAUCAUGCUAUCAAGGGUUGUACUUCCGGUGCUGCUGGUGCUGCAAUUUUCCGGCCAGCUACAAUGUGAAGGAAUAAGGGCUAAAUUUGCCAACUACGAAACGAAGUUUAUAAACGAUUUCAUCAACUUUACCCGCCCGGCUGGCGAUAUUAUGGAACCGAUCUACUACGAUUACGACGGUGGCACCAAAACGUCCGAUUACGAGACGGGCAUGACGCUCGGUGGCUUACCAAUACCGGAGGAGACACCGAGUCGUUCGGUAGCGACACACGGGGAAGUAACCCGACCACCGGACAUUUUUCCGGAUCCGGAUAAAAUAUACGCUUCCUUCAUUAACAAGAGCACGAUGAAACGGAACCGAUAUCCUGGGGAAGAGAAUGUGAUAAAAGUGUAUUCUUCGAAAUCGUUACGCAAGUCACCGCAGGCCCACACAACGGACGAUGAGACCUCUUUCGAUAAUCUGAACAACGAUAUGAAGGGGCACGAUUUUAUCGACAAUAUUAUGUACAUCUAUUACGGAACUAAUGGAAAUUUGCGCAAAGAUCUCGGUGGGAAUGUGAUCGUGAUUGGAGCUGUCUUUGCACUAGCACCGCAGAUACUGACCAUCAUCAUACUGUUCCUGAGAAAUCGUCGUCUGCGUCACUUUAAUGCUUUCUAUCCUAUCUGUUUGAAUUUGCUGCUGGCCCUGAUCGCGUCCAAUUUAUCCUUCAUACUAGGCGUACAGGCAACGCGGAACGUGAUCCGGUGUGAGUUGAUUGCACUACUGCUGCACUACUUACAUCUGAGUACGAGCAUUUGGUGCUUCAUUUACAUCUACGUAAUUUACGAUCUGCUUGCAAACGAGUGUACACCGAAGCUGAAGUACCAUUAUCUCAUGGGUUACGGUAUUCCGGCGGUGUACGUGUUGUUCUCAUACGCGUCUUCUAUCGAUCGAUUCGAGGUGCAUCGAUAUUGCUGGAUGUCAAUACAGAAGGGUAUGAUCGUGAGUUUUAUGGUGCCGAUAUCGUUCCUCAUCAUUCUUACGACCGUGCUCGGAACACUGAGUCUCAAGCGUAUCUCCACCAAGCAGACGGAGCUGCUGUGCGAAAGCAUUGAAAGUAUCAUCGAAACCACCUCCAAGUGUAACGACAUCAUCUAUCCCCGUUUGCCAUCGUUGGCCGGUGUUAAUAUGGCUAUGGUGUGCCGAAGCAACAGCUAUCCGCAGUUAGAACAAGUAAAGGAUCGUAACGUCUGCUGCCAGGAGUAUGCCGAUUGUGCAAAUCGUCACUCGGUGGUGACGUUACCACAACCGGCCACCACAGGCAUGGCGAUCACUCCCGGUAUGACAACGGCAGCCGCCAGCCAGUACGCAAUGAACGCCACCAAACGGUCGUUCGAUUGUUACGAUACACGGAUCGAUCUGGGACAGCUGUCACUGGCAGAACUAACCACACCGAGCAUGGCAUCGGAUGUGCAGGACUUUACCGAGUUCAAGAAGGCGAUCAAGUUUGGACUGUUCUUCCAACCGAUCUUCUCCGUGUGCUGGUUCCUGGAGAUAAUUGCCCUGGAGAACGUUCACUCGUGUGUGAUGCCGGUAAUAUUUGCCAUCAGUUUCAAUAUUUUGAAUUGGUGCAUGCUGGUGCGUUCCUCCAAUGUUUGUCCAUACGUUAGCUCCACGAUGGAGAAAACGCUUGAAAACCAGCAGAUAGGAUCCUGUGGCGAAUCACUGAACGGUACGAUUGGUCCCGGUGGAGAUAACGACGCAACACAGGCAAGCGUCUGUACCGAUACGAUUCCGUUGCUUUGUGCUUCCAACAGUGGAUCCACUGUCAUAAGUCCUAGUUCAACCGUAUGCGCUUCGAUAAAAGGCUCCGGAGCUACCGUUGCCACUCUACCACGCAAGUUCUCGGCCACUUCCAUCACAGAAGAACAGCAGCAACCUCUGUUCUACAGCAACUUCAUCGGUACAACCAACGUACCGAUGUCAUGGGAAUCGAGCAUUGAUUUAGGCGCUUACCAUCUGCACGAAACGAAAAAUGCUGACUGCAUCAGCACUAUCAGCAAUUAGAAGAUGACGCAUCACGACCGUCACUAACCAUUUUGUGUUGGAAUUGUACCGAACGCGUGAACGCGUCUGCUUGGUGAGACUAAGGAAAUUGGAACUGGAACCAUAUCAAGACGAUACUCCUCGUAGUUGAGACAAAUGUUUCUGGCUGCCCGGGCUGCUGAUCUUAGAUCGGAUAUUGACGGUAGCGUUUAGUUUGUGAUAAAGCUGUAGCGGUUAGCUGUUCCCGAUCAUCACUGGAUCGUUCUUUAGAUGCAUUGCAUAUAUGCGGAAGCAUUUCACAUCUUUGCCAGUUGUCAAACUAAUCAGUACCAUUUUCAAAGCUAUUUAAAAUUAGGCAAGAGUAGUUCACGAGUGAAGACAGGAAGAGUUUUAGUAUAAGAAGGUCGUUUUGAGCAACUCAUUUAAAGUUUUCAUUCACUAUCAGUAUGAUGCAAGCGCUUUUUCUUAAAUUGAUGAGGCAGAUUAAACUUGCACAAGUUUCAUAGAAUCUCGAAAUACUUCUGUUACACCUUGCAUAACGAAUAGUGUUUUUGUCAAGUUUCUUUGGAUUGUAAAUAAUGUAGUAGAUAAUUACUGUUACUGAUUUUUUUUAAUUGCGUGUAAGCAUUCAAAACCGCGCAUAACUUUAAAUUCACUUCAAACACACUUUGCCAGUUCAGUGACAGUUUUAAGCAAUAUUAUAUCCUGAAAAAAAGGAAUACUUUGAUAAAUUUUCUUAGAAGAAAGUGCGCUGAGAGUCAGGCACCGUCUGGUAUGACAUGUUUUAACUCCUCUAACUAACAUCUACAAUUGAAUAACGCACACAUCUGUUUCGAUGCGUCUAGAAAUGGUGAUAGAAUCAGAAUUAGGACAUUAAUAACAAUUUGCAGGAGCAAAAGGAAGCUAGCAAUACAUAAGGGAAGUUAGAAACUAUCCUUCCAAUACUCCAAACAGUAACGCAGGUCCUCCAAACAAUUGAUAUCAGGUGCAGGGUUUUGCAAGUUAAUCCAAACAGCAAACAACAACAGUAACACGUGAAGUUUCCUUUUAUUGGUGCUUUGCCACUGAUAGUACAAACGAUAUUCUAACACAAACAAACAACAAGGAUGGGAUUUGUGUGGACUACGACUACGAAGAGCGAAACCGAAUUCCGUGGUAACAGUAGUGUGUCAUUCUACAAGCAAACGAUCAAGUUUCGUAAAAAGUUUGAACAGAAACCUUCCGGUGUUGUGUUGUGAUAGGGGUUGACCCCCUUGACAGAGCAAAACAAGAAGAAUCAGUCACGAUUGUGAACGACCGUUUUAAUCGAAUAUAUCAACUUAUACUACCCAACAAUCUGGACGCUGGCUAGUGUAGCCACCAGCGUUUCACAUAAUCCAUUUCCAGUUAUAGCGCGUGUUGUAAUUAGCGAAUCUCAUAUGCACUCACUUUGUGACAGCAAAUACGAACAGACACACUUUUUACUCCUAUAACUUGUUUAUCCAGUUCGAAAAGAGUUGUAGCCAUCCCGCCAACAUUAAAACGCAUCUGGUGGAUGUUUAGGAUACAUCAUUGGAACGAUUGCAAAGCAAAUAGAAAUGCAGGCAGAAACGAAGGCAUGAAACUGAUCCUUCAAUAUCCUUUGAAGCGUGGCCAUUGACGUACGUCUCUUUAGGAGACAGAUUUAGUUGGAAAUGAUCAGGGGAAGGUAGUUUUAUGACGUGUUUUGCAUGGCUGCAGGCAUUUCAUCACUUGCCAUCACAUGGAAUUUCCGUCAUAAAAUUACGCUGUGGUCAUGCUUCUAGCAAUGCUGUCGCCUUCGGGAAAGAUUGCGCAAAAUUUUGAAGAAAACCGAUUUCCAUCUCCUAUGGUCGUGUUCCGAACAUUGAGUCAACCAGACGUAGUGACGAACUAUUUCUCAAAGGUGAAGUAUCCUAGUGAUAAUAUUUACAUUGAAAUAAAGGUAUUUAGACAAGUGUA